AUGGACUCGGAUGCGGCGCCAUGUCGCUCUCCCUCCACGGCUUCCUCUGCCUCCGCCUUCGCUUCCACCUCCGCUACAUCUCAGAACCCGAGCGAGGCUGGCAUCCUUCGGGUUAUCUCCGACCUACGCACAAAGCAACUUCCUCCUCCGUCCCCUCGAAGAAGAGUCUCGAUCACAACUCGCAGAGACUUCGACGGCGCCGUCUCGCCUUGCACGUCCCAGCCUCCGACACCAUGGCCAGAUAACGCUCCCCCUACCCAGUCGAGGUCGACAUCCCUCGCCUUCAACUACGAUAUCUUUAUCACGAGCCCUAGGCGCUUGCCGCCCAGUCCGAGGAUGGGCACAUUACCAGAAGAGCGGGAGACGCUGAUAAACCAGGCUGACAGGUCGUCCGAGGAUGCAUAUCCACGGCUUUCUCACGACAGUGUCACGACUGCCUCGACAGCUUCGUUGGUCCUGGAGAGUCUGAAUUCGUCACAUGCCACGGAGAAACGUUCGCAGCCCACAGACUAUCGAGACGAUGACAGUGAUCCGGAGUUGCCCCGGUUCAAAGACAAGAAUUACACCAUUGGCGGACAGCGCAUGUCCAGAGGGCUGAAGCGGGCGAUAUGGAUCCUCUCAGCCAUUGCAGUAGUGGGUUGGGGGCUGGCGCUACUGGCGUUCGUGGCCGGAGGUCGAUAUAAACAUGCGUCGACAUUGGAUUACGACCAUGAGACACCGAUCAAGAGCUCGGGAAAGAAGGUCACGAUGGAACAGAUCAGGAAUGGCCAGUGGUCGCCCAGGUACGCCAAUAUCGAGUGGACAGCUGGGCCCAACGGCGAGGACGGGUUGUUGUUGGAGAUCAAUCAGCAGGCUAAGGAUUAUCUUGUCGUCGAAGAUAUCCGGAGCCGGACCUCGUCGGCGGCGAACGCUUUCAAAACCAAGACUUUGGUGAAGAGCGGGUGGAUCAACUAUGGCGGACAACAAUACUGGACAUCGGACUUCUGGGUGAGCCCGGACAUGAAGAAGGUUCUGCUGCUGGCGAACCCCGAAAAGGUGUUUCGACAUUCCUUCCUCGGACUGUACUUUAUCCUCGACGUUGAGACGCAGAAUGCUCAGCCGCUCGACCCAGCCAUGCCAGAUGCGAAAAUACAGCUUGCUCAGUGGUCACCCCAGAGCGAUUCUAUCGUGUUUACGAGAGACAACAACCUGUUCCUCAGGUCACUCUCUUCGCCCCAGGUGACGCCGAUUACAACCGAUGGAGGGCCCGAGUACUUUUACGGGAUUCCGGACUGGGCAUACGAGGAGGAAGUCUUUGGUACCAACACAGCCACAUGGUGGGCAAGGGAUGGCCAAUACCUCGCUUUUCUACGCACAAACGAGACCACGGUCCCAGAAUAUCCAGUGCAGUAUUUCCUCUCAAGACCGAGCGGGAAAAAGCCCCUUGAGGGCCUGGAGAACUACCCGGAAGUCAAGGAGAUCAAGUAUCCCAAAGCUGGAGCACCCAACCCUGUGGUGGAUAUGCUGUUUUACGAUAUCGCGAAACAGGAGGUCUUCUCGGUGGACAUCGAGGGGGGGUUUCCAGACGACGACCGGAUCAUCUUUAACAUUGUCUUCGCGAACGACGGAAAGGCAUUGGUCUCGGAGUCGAACCGGGAGAGUGAUCGGGUUAGGGUUGUGCUUGUCGACGUUGCGGCUCAAUCAGGGCAUACUGUCAGGGUUGUCGACCUGAAAGACGUGGACGGAGGCUGGAUUGAGCCCACGCAACAGACAAAGUACAUCCCAGCCGAUCCGGACAAUGGUCGUCCAGAGGACGGCUACGUCGACGUUGUCGUUUCUAACAACGGCAAUCACUUGGCCUAUUUCUCCCCCUUGAACAGCUCGAUUCCAGUUAUGCUGACGAAAGGGGACUGGGAAGUGGAUGGUGGGCCAGCAGCUGUCGAUCUGAAAAACAAUCUGGUGUACUUCACCGCGGCCAAGGAAGCCCCUACACAGCGCCACGUGUACAGCGUCAAACUGGACGGUACGGACAUGCAAUCCCUCGUCCCCACCGACGAAGCCGGAUACUGGGACUCCUCGUUCUCUUCAGGGGCCGGCUACAUCAGCCUGAAAUACACCGGCCCCAACAUCCCCUACCAGAAAGUCAUCUCCACUCCGGCCAACCCGGAGAAAAUCUCCCAAGUCUUGGAAGAAAACAAGCACCUCGCCCAGGUGGCAGCCUCGCACGAACUGCCGCAUCAAAUCUUCCAGAACGUGACCGUCGACGGCUAUACCCUGCAAGUCGUUGAACGGCGGCCCCCUCACUUUGAUCCCAAGAAGAAAUACCCCGUUCUGUUCUACCUGUACGGCGGCCCCGGCUCACAAAUGGUCAACCGCCGCUUUCACGUCGACUUUCAAUCCUACGUCGCGUCCUCUCUCGGCUACAUCGUCGUCACCGUGGACGGGCGCGGAACAGGCUUCAUCGGCCGCGAAGCCCGCACCAUCAUCCGCAACAACCUCGGCUCCUACGAGGCGCACGACCAGAUCGCCACCGCAAAGAUCUGGGCCAAAAAGUCGUACGUCGACGCCGAAAGGAUCGCCAUCUGGGGGUGGUCGUACGGCGGGUUCAUGACGCUGAAGGUUCUCGAGACAGAUGCGGGCGAGACAUUCAAAUACGGCAUGGCGGUGGCGCCCGUGACGGACUGGCGGUUCUACGACAGCAUCUACACCGAGAGAUACAUGCGGACACCGCAGAAUAAUCCACUGGGGUACGACAAGUCGGCCAUCUCCAACGUGACGGCGUUAUCGCAGAACGUGCGAUUUCUCAUCAUGCACGGCGUGGCCGACGAUAACGUGCACAUGCAAAACACGCUGACGUUGCUGGACAAGUUCGAUCUGGCGGGGAUCGAGAACUACGACGUGCACUUCUUCCCCGAUAGCGACCACAGCAUCGCGUUCCACAAUGCCAAUAGUAUCGUGUAUGAUAAGUUGGGGAAGUGGCUGGUCAACGCUUUCAAUGGGGAAUGGUAUCGUACGGAGGAUCCACGGCCCGUCGAGACAGGCGAGGUGAACAGUGAUCUGGACGAGAGGGAGACGAGGUGA